AUGACCGUCGCCGCUCCCGCUGACUUGGCUCGUCGAAGUUCGCCUCAAGGCCAGGUGGCCUUGGAGGAUCGUUUCGAAGUCCUCAAGGAGAUCGGAGAUGGAAGCUUCGGCAGUGUUGUUCUGGCCCGUGUCAGAACUGCCGGCGCCAAUGUAGCCCGUCGCGGUUCAAUAGUUGCAAUCAAAUCCAUGAAGAAGACAUUUGAUUCUAUCGCGCCAUGUCUGGAAUUGCGCGAGGUUGUAUUUCUGAGGACCAUCCCAAACCACCCGCAUCUCGUCCCGGCACUGGAUAUUUUCCUGGACCCCCACAGCAAAAAGCUGCACAUUUGCAUGGAAUACAUGGAAGGCAACCUAUACCAGCUGAUGAAGGCCAGAGACCACAAAUGUCUCGAUAACGCCAGUGUCAAGAGCGUCUUGUUCCAGAUCAUGCGUGGUCUGGAACACAUUCACUCUCACAAUUUCUUUCACCGAGAUAUCAAACCCGAGAACAUCCUAGUCUCAACUUCCUCUCACCAGGAAGCCUCCAACUCGUUCCGGAGGUAUUCAGCUUUAGUCACACCCCCGUCCACACCUCCCCACUAUACCGUGAAGCUUGCCGACUUUGGCCUGGCUCGAGAAACUCACUCCAAGCUUCCCUACACGACAUACGUCUCAACACGAUGGUACCGCGCACCUGAGGUUCUACUCCGUGCUGGAGAGUAUUCGGCCCCUGUGGAUAUCUGGGCUGUUGGUGCAAUGGCUGUGGAAGUCGCCACCUUGAAGCCGCUUUUCCCCGGUGGGAAUGAGGUCGACCAGGUCUGGCGUGUCUGCGAGAUCAUGGGUAGCCCUGGAAAUUGGUAUAACAAGGCCGGUGUACGCGUUGGUGGAGGGGAUUGGCGAGAAGGAACCCGUCUCGCGAGCAAACUUGGCUUCUCGUUUCCCAAGAUGGCACCGCAUGCCAUGGAUACCAUUCUACAGGCUCCUCAAUGGCCCGCCUCCCUCAGCAGCUUCGUCACCUGGUGCUUGAUGUGGGAUCCCAAGAACCGACCGACGUCUUCCCAAGCUCUGAUGCAUGAAUACUUCAACGACGCCGUGGAUCCCACAAGACCCAAGUCAUCUGCCUCCAAGAUACUGGGCCGCAAGCAAUCGGACCUCGGCCGAACCGUCAAAGAAUCUUCUAGCACGACUCAGAUCGCGUCCUUGCCUUCUUGGUUCCGAAAAUCCCUGAUUGGCCGGAGCGACGUUCCUGAGCCCGCCGCUCUCCAGGUACCCAACAAGGAAACUCCCGUCACCAGACCUUCUCUUGCGUCCGUCCCGACUGUCGAGGCCCCUGCCUCCAAGGCUCGCGCUCCUCCUGCUGCAAAGCGCAGUACUUGGACACACGGGCUUUCCAACGUGGCGCCCAUGCCGAUCUUGCCUACAAUUCGACCAAUUUCACCUCUUUCUGAUGCCGUCACUGCUCGAGCCAACCGUGGCCAAGCUGAAGUCAAAUCCAAAAAGCUUGGCCGGCAGCUCUCUGUCGCUUCCAGCAGCAAUGCCUGCGCCGAAAUGCACCGCCAGCAGGCUGAGCGUGCUCUGAAUGGCGAGACUGGUCUUGCCUCGCCCCCUAGCGGCCACAAGGAGAGCUUCUUCUCACAUCUUCGGAAACGAGCCAGGCGUUUUUCAGGGCGCCACCAAACCCCUGUAUCUCCUUCCUACGAAGACAUGGAAGCCCAAAUUGGUUGUGGUCCUUGGGCAAGCAACAGGUCGUCGGUAGUGAUUGAUCCACAGGGUGGCCCUAUUCCCAAGGCUGAAGUUUACGAGUCUUUGGAUAAGGCCCUGCGAGAUGUCCAGGGCACCUUGGAUUCACGGUCCGCAUUGCCAGCAAGCCACCAGCCCACGUCCACCAGCAGACUCAAGAGACACCACUCUCUCCCUCAUCAGCAACCCAGGUCCGUCGACAACUUGCUUGGAGCUGCCCGUGGCGGACCAAUCUCGAGUCGCACGCGACGGGCGCAGGCAGCUCACGGCGCACGGCAGUACGAGGUUCCAGACGAAGAAGAUGAGCUCCUCGACGAGGCCCUGACGUCUGCUCAAAGGGCCAUGAGACACAUGGAUGGAUCUACCAAGCCCCUGAGGCAAUCCGCCAGCAACCUAGGACUAGCAACCCCACAUCCUUACCCGAGCCCCUCGCCAUCCGCGAGCGGCAGUCAGGUGUUGUACGGCGACGGCCAGGAAGUCUUGACGCCUAAGCCAUUGGAUCUCGGCAAGAAACCCUGCAGCCAAUACAAGUGGCCUACCCCACCUUAUGAAGGGAGCGAAUGGGGGGCGUCGGCAUCAGCGAGUAUCUGGGCUGCUGGUAACUUUUAA